AUCUUUCGCUUUUUCCCUAUGAAGUACACACAACCAUUGAAAUGAAUUAUGUUGAAUUAUCAGCCGUGCAGAAAAAGCUCGAUGUUGGAAAGUCUGUUUCCUUUAAAGUCAUGUGUGAGGAUAAAAGCCUUGCAUCUGUCCCUGGUGGAUUUGCUGUCAAUUUUCAAGAAAACCAUGACGACUAUGCAAAUAUUGCUUUGCAGUUCAACCCAAGAGCUAAAUCGUCAAAAGUUGUAUUGAAUACACGCAUUGAUAAAAAGUGGGAAAAAGAACUAUAUAUUGUGGACAGAAAUUUGAAAGGUGUGUACUUCGGCAAUCCCUUCGAAUUGACAAUUAAUGUAAAAGCUAAAAAUCAGAUUCUUGUUUCUGUAAACGGCGAAUUUAAAACAGGAUAUGAGUGUAAAGUUGACAUAACAGCAGUGAAAUAUCUUUGUUAUGCAUAUGGUGUAAAAAUUAUCCUUGAUGAUUGAGAUACAAUUUGUUUGAAGUUAUACAAUUUGUAUUAAGUGAUACUUAACAUAUAUUUGAUGUGAAAUUAAACUACAAUAUAAUGUUUGCAUAACAAAUUUGUAUCUUCCUUUCCAGUUGUUUCAAAUGUAAUUUUUCACACUUUUAUUGAACGUGCUUUAAGUAAUAUAGCUCUGUUCUAAAUGCAGGCGCCACAUCGAUAGUAGACAAAUUAUGAGACUUUUGAUGGUGUGCAAUUCUUUAAAGAUGUUACAUGGAAUCUCCUUAUUGUAUAAAACUUAUUUUUCGGU